AUGUGUUUGCUUGCCGCCCUUCCCGUCUUUUUUCGCGGUGGUGAGGCGGGCUUGCUGCUCGCUGCAAAUCAUUCCGGGGGCGACCUGGACAGCUACAAACGUAUGGACCCCCGCAUGCCUCCGAUGGUCCCUCUCCGCAUCAACCUCUUGUCCGCCGACUACCUCUCCGUCGCCAGCACCAACCACCUCUUCCCCGACCACGUCGAAAGCGUCCGGGAAGCUUCAUAG